GAAGACGAGACGCCAAAAGCACCCUAAGUGUCAACGUGACACCAUUGCCUCGACAGGAGGGUCCCAGGCGAAAGAGUGUGGGUGUGUGUGUGUGCCUUAAUGAAUGUGUGCGUGUCAAUGGGACACUGAGACAUGUGUGUGUCAAUGGCCCUCCCCCUGCCCAUUUUCCCGUUCGUCCUCUUCCCUCUGACCUUCCUCUCGCCAGCCACACUUCUGCUGGCUCGGGGAGCCCUCAUCAUUCCACAAGGCUUUUCGCAGCCACCUGUGCUCACGGAGCCUUUCGAGGUGAUGAAAUCAUACACGGCCUUUUCUCAUGAUGACAUCAUUCUGCCGUGCCAGGCUUCCGGCAAUCCGCCGCCCACUUUCCGUUGGGUGAAAGAUGGCCAAACGUUCGGGUCAGAGAGGACGGGAAAUGGAACGCUAGAGGUCAGCGAAGAUGAAGCUCUGGAGUUGUACCAGGGAACAUUCCGAUGUUAUGCCUCCAACACACUAGGAACUGCCAUGACGCACACAGUGCACAUCACUGUAGAGGCCCAGCCAGUUCUGCUGAAGCAGCAGAAGUUACGCCGCGAAGCUUACGUGGGCGAGAGCAUGGUGUUGUCCUGCAACCCCCCGCCGAGCUCCAGCCCGCCGCAGAUCCACUGGAUGGAUAAGAGGCUGGUGCACAUCAGGCAGAGUGAUAGAGUGAUUGUCGGCCUCAACGGCAACUUGUACUUUGCUAAUCUGCUCAAGAGCGACAGCCGAGAGGAUUACAUGUGCAACUCCCACUACGUUGAAGCCAGAACCAUGUUGUGUGAUACCACCGUUGCUCUCACUGUGCUGCCUAGUAACAACGUGGCUCAUGGCAAACCGCCUCACAUCUUCCACCCAACCGGUUCCCACUCGUCGGUGCUAGCGCUCCGCGGCCAAAGUCUGACCUUAGAAUGCAUUCCCAAAGGCCUUCCGACUCCAAAGGUGGAGUGGAAGAAGAAGGACGGCAAACUGGAUGAGACCGGCGGGCAUCCGGAAAACCACAACCGCUGGCUUUACUUUGACAGUGUCGACCAGAGCGACGAUGGCGAGUACGAGUGCAAAGCGUCCAACGUGCAUGGGUCUAGUGUGCACUCUUUCACUGUCACUGUUGAAGCGGCUCCCUACUGGGUGAAAGAGCCCCAGAACCUCCGUUAUGCUCCAGGUGAAACCGUGCGACUGGACUGUCUCGCUGAAGGCAUCCCGACGCCCAAUAUUACCUGGAGUAUUAACGGUCAACCGCUAUCAGAUGUGGACGAGGACAUUCGCCGCAGGGUGUCGGGCGGCGUGUUGAGGCUCAGGGACGUCCUGCUGAGUGACACGGCGGUGUAUCAGUGCGAGGCAGCCAAUAAGCACGGCUCCAUCCUGCGCAAUGCCUACCUCCAUGUUGUUGAGCUUCCCCCUCAAAUCCUAUCCUCAGACGGCGUCGUGUACCGGAUAACGGAGGGCGGGACCAUCAAAAUGUCCUGUGAGACUUUUGGCUCGCCGCGCCCUCAUGUCAAAUGGGAAGGGGAGGAAUGGGCCCCCUUGCUGUCAGACCCCCGUGUUUCCCUGUUGACCAACGGGACGCUGGAGUUGUCUGACGUGGGUCCCGGUGACAGCGGCAUGUACACGUGCUUGAUCAAAAACACCAAUAUCUCCAUCAACGCGCACCUCGAAGUGUUCAAUAAGACAAGGAUUGUGACCGGCCCGCAGGACGUGCGAGCGCUCCGAGGUGGGAAGGCCUUGCUGGACUGCUAUUUCCGCAAAGAUCCCCGACUGCCGCCUUACCAAAUCAUCUGGAGGAAAGACGGACAAAAACUGCAGGAAUCAUCACCGGAUGACAAGUACACAAUAUUUGCAAAUGGCACAUUGAAGGUAACCGAUGUCCAAUCAAAAGACAAUGCGGAGUAUUCCUGCGAGGUGAUCACGGAACUUGACCAGGUGACGGCCAUCGGCUCCAUCACAGUCGUGGCUCGUCCAGACCCACCUUUGGAUGUGACCCUGUCUGACGUGAAAGACGACACUUUGACUCUUAGCUGGAUCCCAGGUCGCUCGCACAACAGCCCCAUCACAGAGUUCAUUGUGGAAGCAAAGGAGGAGCAGCAUUCGCAAAGACACGACGGCGACACCUGGAGGUGGGAGGCACUCAAACGAGUGCCCGCCGACUUCAACCACCUGCAGCUUAGCCUCCACCCUUUCUGCACUUACGCUUUCCGCGUCGUUGCCGUCAACCAGCUUGGCCCCAGCGAGCCCAGCCAGCCCACCCCUCUCCAUAGCACACCCCCAGCAGUACCGCACAACAACCCCACUGGUGUUCGCAGUGAAUCCUCCGAUUCUGGAACACUGGCUAUUACGUGGGACGAGAUGCCCAGGCGAUCACAUAACGGUCAGGACUUCCAGUACAAGGUGUUAUGGAGGAAGGCAGGGGGCAAGACUGAGCGUUGGAACCACGGUUAUGCCAAGUCUCCGCCCUUCUCAGUUAACAACACAGGGACGUAUGUGCCUUUUGAGAUCAAAGUCCAAGCCGUCAAUGCACUGGGAGAAGGUCCUGCUCCGGAGGCCGAGAUCGGACACUCGGGCGAAGAUGUUCCCGAGGAGUUUCCCAGUGAUGUGGCAGUUCGAGUGAUGAACCGCACAGUCCUCGUGAGGUGGAACGAAGCCCAGAAUGUCCGUGGUCUUCUUCUGGGCUACAAGAUCUACAUCAAGAGACUGGGUCCAAAGAUGGGACGAGCCCGGCGGUCCCCUGGGGAAGUGCGCCACCUGCUGGAAGGAAAGGAGGAUGACGGAAUAUUGGAGCGAGCAAAGGAAGAUGAUAAGGUGGUGGAGGUCAAAGGCAGGAAAACUACUGCGGAAGUGACGGGUCUGCAGCUCUUCUCCCGCUACACCGUUUCCGUUACUGCUUUUAACAGUAAAGGAGAGAGCCCCGCUUCCCCGGCUGUCCACUUCAGCACUCCAGAAGGAGUGCCUGGUCCUCCAGCAUCGCUGCUCUUUGAGAGUCCCACCGAGAACACAAUGCUUCUGUACUGGACCCCACCACUCCAAACGAAUGGAAUUCUCCUGGGAUACAUGGUGCAGUACCAACAAGAGGUGAAGAGCCGAGACAGUCCAGUGCGGAUGGAAAUCAUCAGCGAUCCCAACGUGACCCACCUUAUGCUGGAUUCUCUGGAUCCCCGCAGCUACUACACCUUCCAGGUGAUCGCUCGUACCGCCGCCGGGGAUGGGCAGCCCAUCACCAGGAGGAAUGCGACCCUUUUUGACGGAGUUCCUCCAACAAACAUCACCGUCAUACCUGACAAAACGUCAUUCAACCUGAGCUGGGUGCCUGGAGAACGAGAGAGGAACCAUGGCUUCCAUAUUGAUUUCCUUAAAAAGAGUGCUGAGGGGCAGUGGGAAGAGUCGGAAAUAGUGAACACGUCGCAAGGCUUCUACUCGCUGACAGGUCUUCAGCCGGGAACUGAAUACCACCUUGUUGUUAUGCAUGGGAACUAUACUCAGUGGGAAUCUGCAAGUUGGACCUUAGGACCAGGGCCAUCGGAGGUUAGCGGUGGCUUUGCCACUCAGGGCUGGCUGAUAGGGCUCAUCAGUGCCAUCGUGCUGCUUAUCUUGAUCCUGAUCAUCCUGUGUCUGGUCAAGCGCAGGAAAGGUGGCAAAUACGCAGUGAAGGAUAAGGAAGACAAAGAGGUCGACUCAGAAGCGCGGCCUAUGAAGGACGAAACCUUCGGAGAGUACAGAUCUUUGGAGAGCGACACAGACGAGAAGCGUUCAGAAAGCCAGCCGUCGCUUUGUGGCGACAGUAAGCUAGGCAGCGACGACUCUCUGGCUGAGUAUGGUGACAGCGUGGACAUCCAAUUUAACGAGGACGGUUCCUUCAUCGGCCAAUACAGCGGACGCGCUCCACCCCCUGCCGGUCAUGAGAGCUCCGGCCCCGCCUCCCCGGACAACACGGCUCCGCCUCCUCCCAUCGCACCGUCCAUGUCGAGCGUCCUCAACCAACCCAGCUAAACACACACUCACACACACCCACUGUCUGAAUACAUUCCACACAUUUAUGCAGAGAGGAUGUUUACACCGUUUUUCGCCUUUUCAAUGCCACGUUUACACUCACACACAAACACACACACUUACUUAAUGCUUUCUGUGGUACUUUUUUCUCUGAUCAACAUUUAUGCCCCCCCCCCAAAAAAAGUGGCUCUUUGUGCUGUGAAUUCGUAGACAGCACAGCUGUGCUCAAGCGCAAAACUAGUGUAUUAUGAUUUUUAUGUCAAGCCUCGAUGCGCUUGUUUCGGAAUUUGCUACAUUUCUCUGCGCCAUGGUAGGUGUUACGGCGUACUUUGUGUGUCAUUGGAUAUGCCCGCGGCACACCCGACAAUUUGGUGGUACAAAUUCACCUGAACUAUCCGUCUGCUGGAACCGCGUCAAAGUAUUGGCGCAAAGCAUGUAAUGCAAUUUGGCUGAAUUUAAUUAACGUGCAGGCAGCUCCAUGGAUGUGUGUGGUGGAAGUCAUCCUAUUCCAUUCAGAAAUAUGACAACCGCAGAUUCGCUAAACCCCCUGAAUCAUUGCAGAAAUCAGAUCACAGCAUUGAUUACAAUAAGCGUUAUCUUUAUUAUCGGUAUAUAUUUUUAAAAUCAUCCCACUGGCUGCUCUGUUUUUUUACCUUUUACAUUAGCAGUGCUUAAUUUUUUUCUUUUUUUUUUCACUUUUUUGCACUUGUAUAAAAUAUUAGCUACGCUAGCUCAUCUGUUGAGAUUAAUAGAAAUAUGUGAUUGUUUAAUUUUAAAUUUGUUGGGUGGACGGUACUCCUGAGUCUCAACUUUUUAAAAACUCAUUAAAAAGUCACAUUAACCUGUCCCAUUGAAGAUACAGUUCCAGCUUGACACGAAUUCCAACGAGAUGUUUACGUUUUCUUUUCCUCCAAGCAAGGUGGGCAAUGGCGGGCGACAUUGGAGUCACGUGACCAAAACGUGACAUUUGUGUGUGCUUGAGAGCGGCCAUUUUAAAACACUUGGUGUGCAUGUGUCUUUGUGUGUCCAUUACGUGUAUCUGCGCUGCACGUUGCUUUUCCAGCUGUGCACUCUAUCAUCAUUAUCCAUCCGACCAGGUGGAAACGUCUGAAUGUUGUUUUGCAUUGAGAGGAGAAACUCUGCCUUAUGAGAGUCCCACCGAGCCUCCUCUUAUCACUCUACCCUGAGUCCCCUCACCUCCCCCCCCGCCCACACACACACACACACACACACACACACACACACACACUCACACACGAUUGGUGGCCCAGGAAACAGCAUGGGUCCUGUGUAGCAAACCUCACAUGGAGGCUCGUCCAUUGAUUAUUGCUCUCUGAAUGUAAAUACCGCUUUAAAAUUGUUCUUUUUGUCAUUGCUUUUUUCCUUCUUUUUAUUUGCUCUUUGACAUAAUGAUCUUGUAUCAUAUAACUUUGCUGUUGAUUUAACACUAGAUGCUAAGAUAACAUUUGACAUGGACCCAUUUGGUCAUUUGUGAUGAGUUUAGGAGUGAAGAUCAAGGUUAUGGUUUGAGGUUAGAAUUAGGGUUAGUGUUCAAGGCUUACGGCUGGAUUUGCCUGGCUGAUUUUUUUGGUUGCUGAAACGGCUUAUACCGAUGUUCAUUCAGUGUGUGACCGCAGCACAGAGCUUUCCUUGUGUCACUUUUGUAGAUGAGACACAUUUACUGCAGAUCAUAUUCGUAGCACUUCUUUUCCACUUUCAACUAUUUUGUUUGUUUGUUUGUUUGUUUUUAGCACUUUUAGCCACAAAGCGAAUGGUGAUGAUGAUAAGGAAGAGGCUCUCUUGAAUAUGCGGACAUUUAUGAUGCUUGUUUUGUUGCCCCUUAGUGGACCAACGCACAUUUAUAUGAGUCACAAGAAAAGACCAAAAAUUCGACAAUGACAGUAAUAUUUCCAAGACAAGUGACAAGAGGGCUUUUCCUGGCUCUCAUUAAGGCAGAGGUGUUACCAUCCUGACCAUGCACCAUGACAUGCGCGUGUUCUGUAAAUUCAACAGACUCGCUUUCUUUUAUAGGAAACAUACUUUAAGGUUAGACUUCCAAUAAGAGUAUGACUACUGUCAUGUUAAAGCAUACAUUCUUUAAAACUUGCAUUGCAGAAUGAUGGACUCGUAGCUUGUGUGAUGGGGCCACUUUUCCUCGAGAACCAUCAAUUAUUUUGAAGCAGCCUUCAAAAUUUCUGUUGUCCGUGCCCACCUGUGCAUUAGCUCGCUGCAGUGUCCUCCCCCCUAAAAAAUCUUAAACUAUAUGUCAAAACCUCAUUAUUUUAGUUUUUAUGACUUUAUUAGUUGUGUGUUCUUAGGUACGACCAUCUUUAAAAUACUUCUCUUCUGCUGUUAUGUGAAUGGUCGUCACCUCGUGUCAUUUUAAUGUGUCCAGCCUGUAUGGUUGUCUGAAGGGAGGCAGCAAUUGCUUGUUGUGUUAGGGCGCCGUGCUUUUGGCAUAAAUAACAGUGCAUGUCUUACUCAGUACCUGGGCCAGGUAAAUUCAUUUAGCCACUGCUUGUCAAAGCCACUAGCUUGUGUGUGGGGUUUCUUUGAUGAUAUGGAAUGAGAAAAAAAUAGUGUUUCAAUCACAUAAACAUUGACUUUGCGUUGUUAUGCUCCUAAGUGGAAACAUAUUUAUGUUGCCUCGUCUCGCCAACUCGUCCCAUCCGUCCUGGAUUCCCCCCUCUCUAUCAUCACCAGUGUUUCAGAUCAAAUUUCCACAUGUUGUCACCACCAUAAAUUAUUACAUUUUAACUGCCCGUUGCGUUAAUUUUUCUGUACUGGACUCAGCUAACAACCUCACGAGUGGCUGAUUUUUCCUGCCUAAGGGUUAGGUUUAGGGUUAUGUAACAACGCUAAAAAUAUUUUACUUUGACAAGAAGGAAACUUUUAUUUUAAUAAACACGACAUGCCUUGAUGCAAAAAACAGGAAAUAUUUACCUGUUUGUGAAAUCUGCUGGGGAAAUCAGGACGCCGAUAGGACUGACAAGCGGGGGGAAAACCCAUGAUUCGAUUUGUUCCUUCUUCUGUAGUUGCCUGUUGUCUUUCCUGUGCACAGCUUUUGAUGUAGCGCCUGCAGUGGCGCAACGCUGCCACUGCAGUUAAAAUAUGUCGCUGCCGCAGAGGGACGUCAAUCGCUCAAUCAGCUCAGAUGGAAUUUUAUACUGUUAGCGAAAUCAAUCGAUUUUGUACGCAAGAAAAACCCUGGACAAUAUUGACACGUUUCUGAAUGACAACAACAAUCAAGCUUUUGUAAAUCCAUCAACUGUGGCAGAAGUUGCGCACUAAAUAGUGCUAAUGAUUUGAUCUCACUAGACAACACAUCCCUGAUUAACUCAUGCACGGCCAACCCAGGUUAAAAUAAUGGACCUUUUGACUUCUGUAGUGAUCAGUGGCAGUGAACCAGUUCUAAAUGUCAGGUUUUUAUGAGGAAAACAAUUACACCAAAAAACAAUUUCAAAACAUUUUCCACCAUUAAUCUGACCUAUAACCUGGACAACUGCCUUGAAAAAAAGGGGGGAUAAGUUCAAACUUGAUGUUAUUACGCCCAAACAAAAUAUCCCAAACACACGCAAGAACAUAUUUUGCAAAACCACGGUUAAAGUUUUUGUCCAAAAGGUUUGUUUGGCGCAAAACUGGCAGCAUAAUGCCAAGGCAUUAUGAACAAUUCGAAAUAGUCUGUGUUAGCGCAAAACCUUCAGGCUUCUGCUACAAAGUCAAUAAAAAAACAGGACACUCGUACAAGAAUAGCUGGAGUGAACCACAUUAGAUAGUCAUUGACAUCCACUCCCCGUCUCGAAAAGAUUUUAAACAAUUAUUUCAAUUGACUUGUGCAGGAUAUAGGCCAAUGAUGGGUAAAGUUUUGAAAUAAUUUGGGGGAGUCAUUUCUUGAUAUCACAAAGAUCGAUGGAAGUGGAAAAAAACUAGGAUGAUUUUUAGAUCCAUGGUGACUUCGAAAGAGUAUCAUUGUAUACAAGCAUUUAUAAUGACAAUAAGCCAAUUAAAAAAAAUAAUUUCAAGCAGUAGGUCAAUUUUUGAUCAUGUAAAAAUGGUUACAGAAUAUGUCACGUGUCAAACUCUGGAAACCACCGGCUUUAAUUGGUGAAGCAGGAUAUUUCAAACAAAUGUUUUUUUGUUAAUUUUUUUUAAAUAAAUAGCUUGCCUGAAUAUUUGGGUGCCAUUCUUUUUGCUUGACAUGCAAGAUUACAAAAGAUUAUCAGAGAAUGUGCUGACGGUUACAUACAAGUGUGGUACCACAUUACAUUAUAAUGAAAUGAUCAUUUUUACAUUUAUCGAAAGUGAGUUGACAGGCCUGCUUGACUGGAAAAAAAUGAAUGUGGAUAUGUGCUCUUGUGGAAGUGGCUCUGCUUUAAUCGUCAUUUGGAAGUCCACUUGUCAGCUAUGUCACUGAAGAGUGAGCAACUACCAUUCGUGCAUUUCUCAAAUCACUCGAACAUCUCUCUGUUGGUCAUCUGCUCUGACACAGUAUGUCUGUCUUCUUUUAUAUGCCUAAUAGGAAUACAUAUACAAUAUAUGAACAUGAGAAACAAUAGAAAAUAUGGAGGAAAAUCCCCAGAUUGAGGUAAAUAACAACUACUAACAAUACAGCAGAUGAGAAAAUGGCGGAACGGUCGCAUGGCGUCACUCUCAAUGCUUGAUAAUGAUAAUGACGAUGAAAAUGAUGAUAAUGAUGAAGAUGAAAGGGCAGGGCUGUCCUGCACGAAUGAAGUGUGCUGAUGUUGUAGCUGCUUGUUGAAUUGUGCGCUGUGCUCAAACUAGCUAACUAACCCCUGUCUGUCAACUAAUAAACAUCAACUAGCAUAAUCAA